GUUUUAGUGGCGAAGGCCUAAAUAGUAGGGAUUAUUGCUUGACUCUCCCUCUCUUAGCCUAUUUUUCAGCAUCAGCCUCUCUGGAUUUCAUUUCAUUCUCCGUUGUUGUGCUGACCAUCAAACAUGAGCACAGCAGGUGUUCAUCGAGGAUUCCUCAGAAAAUAUGGGGGCUUCAUGUUUAAACACUGGAAAGAGAAAUACCUUGUGCUCACUAUGGAGGGAAGCCUGUUGGUUUGCCGGGAUGCACUGUCCCCCCCUGACCAGGUGGUGGCGCUACACAGCUGUGAGUCGAUCGCUGAGGGAAGAGAAAUCCUUGACCUGCCCAAGUUACCCCCAGGUGGCAGGAGGGAUUGCUGCUUUGCCCUCAUUCUGCCACAGAACAAGUUCCUGCUGCUUCUGUCUGACAGCCCUGAUGACUGCAAUCUUUGGCUGAAGCUGAUCAGGAAGGUGAGAGAGGGUGUGAUGUCUCCCCUGCUCCUCCAGAGACAACAAAGCCUCGCUCCCUGCAUCACAGACAGAGAGCCGCUGCCCGACUCCUCCAGUGAUAAAGACCCCGGCUCACCCAGGGUUGGUGGGAUAACACCACCUCUGUCCCGGGUCACUGAGAGGGGAGGCUCCCUCAGAGACAGACACCAAGGAGUUGGACUGAGGCAGCCUCAGCGGAGUGUGUCUGUGGCCCCUCCUCACCGUGUGUCUGAUUGCCUUCGUCAUGGUAACAGCAGUGAUGCCCGGGCAGUGAGGGCAGUAUGUUUGCUGAUGGGUGGGGCAGCGGCCUCCUCCGCUUUGGGCUACCUCAGUUCCUGCUCCCCCACUACGCCCCUGGCCACCGGAGCCCCAGAGAUUGCUGAAGGCUCAGGAACCUUCUCAGAUCUUCCCACAGGAGGCUCCUUCCACGCCUGCAGCCAGGAUGUGGACUCCCCGAAUUUUAACAGCUUCGACUUUGAAGGAGACUCCGACUUUGAUGCAUUUGACUGCGGAGGAUUUGCAUUUUAAUUGUGAGCAACUAUAAAAAACACUGUUUAUAGAA